CAGCAAACAACGGUUUUUUCGCAUUCAACAUUUCGUCGUGAAUUUGAGCGUGUGUUCUGCGUUUUUGUGAUCAAUUUUGUGUUAAAAAAUUGCGAUUCUGAGGUAAGAAGUGAUGUUAAAGGUAGAGGAGGAUGAGGAGUCUCUCCCCAAGACUCCAAAUCGAUCUGUGGGUGAAAGAAAUCUCUGCAUUCACACUCCAAGGGUCGAGCAUCCAAUUUUCGAUAACUCCGCUGAGCUUUUUGAUCCCGUUAAACAGGUAAAAGAGAAGGACAGAGAACUUCUGGAAAUGGCAGAUUACAAGCGUGCAGAGCUUUUUGUAGAUGAGCAGGAAAAGAAGAGAAUACAAGAAAUGGAAACUGAGUAUGCGGUGCUAAAAGAACAGGUUGCUGAGAUUUCGGUCAUGAGGGCUGAAAUUGAGAUGAUGAAGAGAGAAAUGAGGGAGAAGGAUGAAAAAGUUGCCAAAAUUGAGAGAGAAAAGUACGAUAUUGAGAGUAAUUCUGCAGGAUUGGAAAUGCAGUUUGAACAAUUGAAGCACAAAAUGACGAAUCGGGAGAAGGAAUUGCUGGCAGUGAUUGAGAACAGUGGUGAAAAUGGCCUGAACGGUAUCAAGGAGUCUCUGGCGAAGAUGAAGAAGGAAAAUGAUCAGCUAAAAAUGGAGAUUGAGAGAGAGAAAUUCGCCAGAAGUGAUGAGAGUAGCAAAAGUGAGAAGAUGAUAGCAAGUCUGAGAGAUGAAAUAAAUCACAGUGCAAAGGCGAGGCAUGAGACUGAAGCCAAUCUUUGGAAGAAAAUCAGAACCCUAGAGGCCAAUGAAAAUUUCGAAAAAAUCACAAAAAUGGAAGAAGAUACUAAAGAUCUUCGUGAUCAAAUUUUGAUACUGCAAAAAACAAUUUCUGUUCUGGAGCAGGAAAAAUUGGAACUGUCCAUGAAGGGUACCGAGGCGCCCAGUGUAUGCCUUGCUUCCGGGGAGACCUUGAAGGACAUUUCUACUGAUAUGGAUAUCAGUCUUCAGUCAAUGGAUGAAACUCUCCGAGCAGAGAACACUCUUCAAUUGUCAAUUGAUAAUCAGUCGCUCCUGGAUAUGGAUCAGACCCUUCUCUGUGCUCUCGUGUGCAAUGGAAAGUCAGACAGUUACACCCAGAAAAAUCCCACCGUCGCUUUGGAAUUACCCAAGACUGAAAAGAAGCAUCUACUCGACAAGAUUGAACGGCUAUCCGGUCAACUGAACGAAAGUAUGCAGGAAAUUGAAAAACUUUCAAACCAACUCAGUGAAAGUAUUCAGGAAAAUGAGAAACUCUCCAGUCAACUGCUCGAGAGUGCUCAGGAAAAUGAUGCUUUGAAGCAGAAUUACGAAAAGAUUCUCACAGAAGAGAGUUUCAAGACUUCCCGGAUUCAGGCUAAUUUCGACAGGCUAGAAAAUGCCUAUGGAAGACUCGAAGAUGAACUCAAAGAGUCAGAAGCGUCUGUGCAAAUUUUGCAGAAGGAGAAAGACUAUCUCCUGGAAGAGAGAGAUUCCACCAAAGACCAAUGGAGUCAGCAGAAGCUGGAACUUGAGAUGAAAGUUACUUACCAUUCGGACAAGGCUGCACGAUGUGAAGAAAAGAUCAUGGAAUUAAAUAAACAAAUUGGGGAGUUGGUACUAAAGUCCGAAGACAUGAAAAACAAGCUGGAGAUGUCGGAGAUUCAGCUCAACGGAAAUAUAGAUCUCAACACCGAUUACGAUGAUCUGAUGCAGAAAUACAAGGUGGUUUCGAUGGAGAAUAAUAAAAGUAAAACGCGAAUUCAAGAUCUGCAAGAAAGAAAUGAAAAACUGAAGCUGAAGUCCGAUGCAUUGCUUUUUGAAGUUGAAUCCCUAAGAGAGAAAGUGGCAUCGGACUACUGUAUCUUGGAAGAGAAGGAUAAUCAUAUUGAUCAGCUGCAGAAGAAUCUCCGUGAACAGGUGAAUCUUGUGGCGUCACUGGAAGAUCAAGUGAAGAAUGUCAAGCCAAAGUUGAUUAUGGACGAAGCUGCAAUUGAAGAUCUUGAGAAAGCCCAUAAAAAUGAAUUGGCCAAAAUUACAGAGUCUCACAAUAAGGUUUUGGAACAAUUGGCUGUUGAGAAGAAAGACCUUGAGAAUGAUUAUUCCAAAGCUAAAGCAAUGUUCAACCUUAUGCAGCAGGAAAAUAAUAACAAAAUGUUGUUUCACGCAGAAAAAAUGGGUAGACUACAUGAUCAGCUAUUCAAGAACAAUGUGAAACUCGAUGACCUUAUGAGGGAAAACGCGAACCUCAAGCAGACUCUUGAUGAUUCCCGUGAAAAUAUCAGGACAAUCUGGGAGUUGCGUCAACAGCUCGCUGAAUAUCGUGAUACGGAAACAGAAUUGAGUCAGGAGAGAAAUAUCUUGAAGUCUCGCGUGGAAGAAGUGUCGAAGCAGUGCAUUCAGCUGGAGAAUGAAAAGUUGACACUGCAGAAGGAGCUCGAGAGUGCCAAAGGAGAAUUUGAUGCUAUUUUGAGAGAGAAACUAGAUCAUUCCAAUGUGGAAAUUGGCCAAUUACGCGAAAGGCUACAGUGUAGUGAGGGUGAGGUGGAUAAACUUACGAAACGCCUGAAUAAGUUGGAACUGGAGGAACGUGAGAUGAUUAAGACCAUUGAGAGUAUUCAGAAUUCUCAUGAAAAUCAAGUUAAGGAGAUCAAAUGUAAUGCUGAGGUCAAGCAAAAACAGUUGCAAGAUGAAAAAGAUCAACUCAGUCGAAUCAAUAAUCAACUUGAAACGAUUAUUAAGGAUCUCAAGUCUGUCCUUGUGGAGCUCAAGGAAGACUUCACCAAAACUGAAAAGGAUCUCCAGAAUGAACGAGAGUCCAAGGAGAAUUUGGAGAAAGAAAUUGAAAAGCUGAGAUUUGCUAAUCUCAUAUUCUUACAGAUUCGUCAGCUACAUAGAGAAGAGAUUAUGACCAUAAAGACUGAAGCUGCAGAGAAUUCCAAGAGUAAGGAAGAAAUAAACAUGCUCAAAGGGGUUUUGGCCACAAAGAACAUCGACUUUGAACAACUCUCCUCCAACUACGACAACAUACUGCAGAAAUUCAAUGAGCUGGAACGGCAGAAUGAGUUAAAUCUCAGUGAAAUUGAGUCAUUGCGACAAAAUAUUUCGCAUUUGUCUCAUGUUGCUGGAGAGAAAGACAAAGAAAUGGAUGAGUUGCGUUUGAAGUUGAAGGAAGAGACUGAUCAAAUAAACGGACUCACAGAUAAAUUGGCCAAAUUCAGUGAUCUCAAGGAAGAGCUGCAGGUGGCAAAGGAUGAAAAUAACAAUCUCAAAGAUGAGAUUGUUUCAGUGAAAAGUCUGGCCGAAAAUCGAAGAGACGAAAUUGCAGAAUUGCAGCAGAAACUCUGUGAGAAAGUCAUCAAAAUUAGUCACAUGGAAGAGAAAUUCAGCAAGGAAAAGGCACAAGUAUCAUUAAAUGAUGCACAAGUGGCAGAACUCAAGAAGGAAAAUGACGAAAUUGUCAAAGAAUACAAAAUUAUGAAGAAAAAUUAUGACAAAAAGAUCAAAAGUCUCAAGGAUGCCAAUGAUUUUAUUGCUACACAACGCGAUGAUCUCAAGAGUAAACUCCAUGAUCGUGAAAAUGCCAUUGGUUCCAAAGAGAAGGAAAUUGAAUUACUCAAAGGAUGUGUCAAGAAGAAGGAGAAAUCAAUUGAAAAGCUCAAUGGUCUUCUCAAAGAGAAGAUGACUGAGAUCAACGAACUAAAAGUCAACAGGAAGUUUGAUCGUGUUACAGGAAGAAGUUCAAGUCCCACAACUAUGGAAGUUAUUCGUAAGGAGAAGCGUAAGAGUGAUCGACAGUCUCUCUAUGAUAUCAACAGAAGCAUUCAAUUCGAAGUGGAACGAGACGUUGGCACCAUGACGGAUCCUACAAGCGAUUCCUGCCAGUGUCAGUUUUUGGCUGAGAAAAUUACCAAUCUCAAGAGAGAGAUAAUUGUGAUGGAGUACAAAUUGUCGGAUACUGCGAGGAAUAUGGAGAAGGAUGCUCUGAAGAAUGAUAUGCAAAUGCUCCAACUUGAGAUGGUUAAGAAGGAUCAAGCUAUCAGAACAAUGUCGGAGGAUCUGGUGAAACGACAGCAGGAACUGAGUGAAAAGGAGGCUGAGAUGAAGCGUAUACAUCAUAUGCGCAUCAAUUCAUCCACAAUUCUCCAUACGGCCAGUCAAACUGAACAACUUGGUUCACGAUGUGGCACUCUGGAUAGUGGAGUGAUCCUUCGGGCUGAACUCGAAGAGACCCGUCGGCAGUUGAAGAGUCUUCAGGAUAGAUAUGAGAAGCUGCAAGAUGAAUGGCAGACAAAGAGUGAAGUUGCUGAGAGUGCCAUGGAAGAGCAAAAGACUAAGUACAACAAUCUCAAGCGUGCCUUUUUCAAGUUGAAGCAAAAGUAUGAGGACCACUGAGAAGCGAGAGAAAGCAAGUCCAUUUUUCCACUUUGUACAAAUUUAUUUUCCUUUAUGCAAAUAUUUUUUCUCGAACAAAUGAAGUGAUUUUUCUAAAAA